GAGAGAGAGAGAGAGAGAGUGUGUUGGACUUCAACUGGUAUGUUACCACAAAAGAAAUGAUUUUUCUGUAUACAACUUGUAGACAUCGGUGUAGAGUCAUCUUUGUUGACUCGAAAAAGUUUCUGUUCUUUUCGUGGCUAAUUCAGCUUUUCCUGUGGCUGAUCUGAUGCAAUAUUGUUUCCAUCAUCAAAAGUACAGAUCAAAUGCCAUCUUUAAAAAUGAAAACCAAACCAACCACAGGUUGUUCCAAAGAAAAAGAUUGUCUUCAAGUUUGCCGAAGGUCGAGUAUGAUAUCCAAGAAUUCUCUCUCUCAUGUCAUAGUAUCUCAUAAUGCGGAAGAAAAAAUCUGUGUUCCGAACAAUCAGAAUGCUCCAGUUUAUGGUAGAUUAUAUGCACAGGACCUUGAAGCGGUUGAGGCCAACUCCAAUGAGGUAUCAACUGAAGAAGAACUUCUUCACGAGCAGCCGUUGAGGGCAAUUGAUUCUGCUACCGAGAGUAUGGAACCUACCUUACCCACCUUUACAUCAAACAUGGAGACAAUUUUUUCUCCCAUUCUCGAGUCAAUCUGCAACAAUGAAGGAAGUGAAAAUCUCUAUGUGCCACAGCUAGAUAACGAAGACAGUGAUGAUAGCAGCAAAAAUUCUUGUAAAUAUAAUCAAGCAUGCAAUGUAACAGAUUUUUACAUAUCUGACAUGAUUUUUUCUGCAUCGCCAAUUGGAAGCAAUUCUGAUUUCAGCAGUGGAACAAAAUCAUUUUUUCUACCCGAUUAUCAAUUUGAUGAAGAGUCUAGUUUACUCUGUUAUGAUUUGACUGAGGAUCAUAUGGUAUUGCCCUUUUUGGAGGAUACUUUUGAUACUCGACUUGACAAUGGUGACACAUCUUCAAAAGAGCCACAAAUGUAUAUCAGAAAUUCUCCAGACCAGGCUGAAGUGGCAUUUCCGGUUCGAGUCCCGGCUAAUAAGCAAAGUACCAAGCAGAUCACUUUAGUACUCGAUUUAGAUGAAACGCUCGUUCAUUCGACAUUGGGGCACUGUGAAAACGUGGACUUCACUUUUACUGUUACCCUUAACACAAAAGAAUGUGUGGUGUAUGUUAAACAGAGGCCUCACCUCAUGACCUUUUUGCAAAGAGUGGCCGAGUUGUUUGAAAUUGUCGUGUUCACUGCUAGCCAGAGCAUUUACGCAAAGCAGCUUCUAGAUAUUCUUGACCCACAUGGAAAAGUUAUAUCGAGACGGGCUUAUCGUGAAUCGUGCACUGUCUGGGGAGGAACUUACAUAAAAGACUUAACUAUAUUGGGCGUUGAUCUUGCGAAAGUUGCCAUAAUCGAUAAUACCCCUCAGGUUUUCAGGUUGCAAGUGAAUAAUGGCAUCCCGAUCAAGAGCUGGUUUGAUGAUCCAUCAGACAAUGCACUUAUUUCACUACUGCCGUUUUUGGAGACUUUGGUUGAUGCUGAUGACGUUCGGCCCAUCAUUGCUAGGAAAUUCGGUAACAAGGAAUAAGAGCUUCUUAAUUACCUUAAUUAAGUCAAUUUACCUUAAUUACUGUCAUUAUCCCCACCCUUUUGAGGAUCUUGUUAGUUGCUUAGGCUAACUUGUGACAGAAAAUUGGUCUCUGGGAGGUUCUUUUUGUUUGCUCUGUACAGCUUCUUCACAAAUGUGUAUACGAAUUGAUUUGUGAUAUUAGUCGUAAUUUUUAGUGUUGAAUGAAUGAACUUAUAUUAUAUCCACAUUAAGUAUGCUAGUAGUAGCCUGGCAUUCAUAACUUGCUAAAAUUACUAUCAAUCACAAAGCUCUUUGUAUGCUGAGUAAGAAAAAAAAA